CGGCUUCGUGCACAGCAUCGGAACGCUUUCGGGUUCUCGCACCUUCAAGAAUGCUCUAACUUUUAUCAUUUUUCCGUAUUGCAGUAGGAUUUAACCUACGAGAGUGAUCUAUUGCCCUCGAAAUACCUCAAUUCAAUCUUCUUCACCUCUCAUUUCUGUGAUUCCGUUAUCUCCCGCGAUUUGCAGAAAGCUCAGAUUUCCAUACUUUCCGUAUCGCUCUCCGGAGAACACACAAUCUAUGGCAACAACGGCGUCGUUUUCCGGUGUCCAGUGUUGCGUCCAGCCGUCCAAUAGAGCAGCUCCGGUUUCUUUUCAGCCGCCCGUAUCCGUUAACGUCUCAGCCAAGCCUCGGGGGCUCAGAACCCUAAGUUCGCUUAAAUUGAAGAGGAAAUACCCGAUUUUUACCAGGAAAGAUGAUACAAUUGGGAAAAGCUCGAGGUCAUUUAUUGUACGAUGCGAUGCCGCUAGCGGAAAGGCGGUUACGCAGCAAGAGUUUACGGAAAUGGCGUGGCAAGCUAUAGUUUCGUCGCCGGAGGUGGCGAAAGAAAACAAGCACCAGAUAGUGGAGACGGAGCACUUGAUGAAGGCGCUGCUGGAGCAAAAGAACGGGCUUGCUCGCCGGAUUUUUUCCAAGGCCGGUGUAGAUAAUACCCGUCUGCUUGAAGCCACCGUGCGGUUCAUCGAUCGCCAACCAAAGGUUCUCGGUGAGUCAGCGGGUUCGAUGUUGGGGCGAGACUUAGAAGCCUUGAUACAGCGCGCCCGGGAGUUCAAGAAAGAGUACGGUGAUUCGUUUGUGUCAGUGGAGCAUAUGGUGCUUGGCUUUUUACAAGAUAGGAGAUUUGGGAAGCAGCUGUUCAAGGAUUUUCAAAUUGCUGAAAAGACUCUAAGAGAUGCCAUACAAGCCAUAAGGGGACGCCAAACUGUUAUUGAUCAAGACCCAGAAGGGAAGUAUGAAGCUCUGGAAAAAUAUGGAAAAGACUUAACUGCCAUGGCAAAGGCAGGGAAGCUUGAUCCUGUUAUAGGCCGAGAUGAUGAGAUACGGAGAUGCAUUCAAAUCCUUUCGCGGAGAACUAAGAAUAAUCCUGUGCUAAUUGGGGAGCCAGGUGUUGGGAAAACUGCAAUUUCUGAAGGGCUUGCCCAGAGAAUUGUGCAAGGAGAUGUCCCCCAAGCUUUGAUGAACCGAAGGUUGAUAUCCCUAGACAUGGGAGCACUUAUUGCUGGUGCAAAAUAUAGAGGUGAAUUUGAAGAUAGACUAAAGGCCGUGCUCAAGGAAGUGACUGACUCUGAAGGGCAGAUUAUCCUUUUCAUUGAUGAGAUUCACACUGUAGUUGGAGCAGGUGCCACCAAUGGUGCUAUGGAUGCCGGCAAUCUCUUGAAGCCCAUGCUAGGUCGUGGAGAGUUGCGUUGCAUUGGUGCAACCACACUGGAUGAAUAUCGAAAAUAUAUUGAAAAAGAUCCAGCAUUGGAGCGUCGGUUCCAGCAAGUCUAUGUUGAUCAGCCUACUGUUGAAGAUACUAUCUCUAUACUUCGUGGACUGCGAGAAAGAUAUGAGCUGCAUCAUGGAGUCCGGAUAUCAGACGGUGCAUUAGUUGAUGCUGCAAUUCUUUCUGAUCGCUACAUCAGUGGGCGCUUUUUACCUGACAAAGCUAUUGAUCUAGUUGAUGAAGCAGCAGCAAAAUUGAAAAUGGAAAUAACUUCAAAGCCUACAGCCCUUGAUGAGAUCAACCGUGCAGUUCUUAAGUUGGAGAUGGAGAGGCUAUCACUUACUAAUGACACAGAUAAAGCAUCCAAAGAUCGCUUAAAUCGCCUGGAGACUGAAUUGUCUCUACUAAAGAGUAGACAGGCUGAACUGAAUGAGCAAUGGGAGCAUGAAAAGACCGUCAUGACCAACAUACAGUCCAUCAAGGAAGAGAUUGAUAGGGUGAAUCUUGAGAUACAACAGGCAGAGCGGGAGUAUGAUCUUAACCGUGCUGCUGAACUCAAGUAUGGGAGCCUGAACUCGUUGCAGCGCCAACUUGAAGCUGCAGAGAAAGAGCUAGAUGAAUAUAUGAAGUCUGGAAAAUCCAUGCUUAGAGAAGAAGUUACUGGAAAUGACAUUGCAGAAAUUGUCAGCAAAUGGACUGGAAUUCCUGUGUCCAAGCUACAACAAUCAGAAAGGGAGAAGCUGCUGCAUUUGGAGGAAGAGCUGCAUAAGCGUGUCGUUGGUCAAGAUCCUGCAGUUAGAUCAGUGGCUGAAGCCAUCCAGCGCUCUCGGGCUGGUCUUUCUGAUCCUCACCGCCCAAUUGCUAGUUUUAUGUUUAUGGGCCCUACCGGUGUUGGAAAGACAGAGUUAGCUAAAGCCCUUGCUACUUAUUUGUUUAACACGGAAGAAGCACUUGUGCGUAUUGAUAUGAGUGAAUACAUGGAAAAGCACGCUGUCUCCAGGCUAAUUGGAGCCCCUCCUGGUUACGUAGGAUACGAGGAAGGAGGACAGUUGACCGAGACUGUUCGAAGGAGACCCUAUGCGGUGAUCUUAUUCGAUGAAAUAGAGAAGGCCCAUGCAGAUGUGUUCAAUGUCUUCCUUCAAAUCUUGGAUGAUGGUAGGGUGACAGACUCACAGGGGCGCACAGUGAGCUUCACUAACACGGUCAUCAUUAUGACGUCAAAUGUAGGUUCGCAAUAUAUUCUUAACACGUCUGAAGAGAACUUAUCAAGUGAGGAAUCUUAUGAAACUAUAAAGCGAAGGGUAAUGGAGGCUGCAAGAGUGAUUUUCCGCCCUGAAUUCAUGAAUCGGGUUGAUGAAUACAUAGUAUUCCAGCCUCUUGACCGUGAACAGAUCAACAGUAUUGUCAGAUUACAGUUGGCACGAGUGCAGCAGAGGUUAGCUGACCGGAAAAUAAAGCUGGAAGUGAGUGAUGCUGCAAUUCAGCUGCUCGGAAGUCUGGGUUACGAUCCAAACUAUGGUGCUAGGCCUGUGAAGAGGACAAUUCAGCAGAACGUCGAAAAUGAGCUUGCAAAGGGCAUCUUGAGAGGAGACUUCAGAGAUGAGGAUACUAUUUUGGUAGACACUGAGGUCACAGCGUUUUCCAACGGACAGCUUCCCCAGCAAAAACUAGCUUUCAGAAGACUGGAAUCUGGCUCCAGUGCUUCUGCUGAGAACCAAGAAGCAUCUUUACAGAAAUAGUGAUUAUGUAAAAAUCUUAGAGAGAGUUUUGAACAUGUUUUAUACGUAAAUCUCCCAUACAGUUUUUGUUGUAUAACCUGCUUUAGACAUGAUUAAAUCUACCCAUAUGCCAAUUUGAACCAUUCUGUAAAGCUAUUGUUUAUACUGUUCUUGAAUGCAGUUUUGUUGAUAGCUUUGACAAGU